CCUCAACAACCUGGUAGAAAUGAGAGAGAUGGGUCUUUACCUUAAUGACCUCAGCAUGCACGACCUUGGCCGAGAGAUGGUCCUCAAAGGCUGGGAACACUGCUCCAGGUUAGAGAUCAUGUACAACCGGGCAGAGGAGUACUCAACCAGACUGGAGGAUGCCCACAGGAAGCACGAGGAGGCCAAGUCGAGGGGUGACGAUCUCCUGUACUCCAUGUUGCCUCGCCAGGUGGCAGACGUCCUCCGUCAGGGUAAUGACCCAUAUGCCACCUGCCAGACGUUCGAGGAGGUGUCGGUGUUGUUCGCUGAGGUUGUGUUGUCUUCAGAGAGCGAGGCAAUGGGUGCCAUGGAUGUGAUGAGGACAGUCAACGAGAUGUACAACUUGCUGGACAACACCACCGACCAGUACUCUGUCUUCAAGGUGGAGACGGUGGGCGGCGUGUACAUGGUGGUGGGCGGCGCUCCUGAGUACCAACACGACCACUGCGCUCAGGUGGCCGCCCUCGCUCUCCACAUGUUGCAGGAGGUGGCCAAGACCCCUCACACCCACAACCUGAGGAUCGGGAUCCACAUGGGACCAGUAGCAGCAGGUGUGGUGGGCCUCAAGCUGCCUCGCUACUGCCUCUUCGGCGACACCGUCAACACCGCCUCCAGAAUGCAGACCAACAGCAAGGUUGGCCGGGUGCACAUCAGCGAGAAGUGUGCACACCAGCUGGAGAAGUUCAAUUUCACCACAACAUUCAGAGGCAAAUUGCAGAUUAAGGGCAAAGGUGAGAUGAACACCUACUGGCUUGAUGGUCGUAAAGGAAGUAGACAACUAUUGUGGAAGUGAUGUUGGUAGUGCCUCUGUGACCUCCAUUGGAAAGUACCUAUGCUUGGAAAAUAACUAUGUGGGGGAAGUACUUAUGUAGGGAAGUGUCUGUGUAGGGAAGUGCUAAUGUGGGGAAGUGUCUACAUCAGAAAGUACCUAUGUAUGGAAGUUCCUAUGUGAGGAAGUGUCUAUGUUGGGAAGUAUCUUCACAUAUAGAAGUGACUAAAUAAGGCAGUGUCUGCAUAGGAAAGUGGCUACACAGAAAAGUAUACUUACACAAGGAAAUGCAUACAUAAGUGUCUACACAAAAAAGUGUCUAAGUGAGAAUGUAUACAGAUAAACAAGUGUCUAUAUGCAGGAAAGUGUCUUUAAUAUACCAAUAGAGAAAGUGCCUACAGAGAAAAAGUGUAUCAAUGUAUCCUAUCACCAUUUAAAGAGAAAGUACUGUGUUCCUGAAGAGGUACUGUCUCUUUGAAAGUGUCCAUGAAGGAAAGUACCCACCUUGGAAAGUAGCUAAUCCCUGUAAGAAACGGUCUCUGAAGGGAAGUGCUAUUAAGAAAAGUGUUCACAUAGGAAAGUACUUACAUGGUAAAGUAACUUAGAAAGAAAGUAUCCAUAUAAUAAAAUAUCACUGUAUGAAAGUAUCAAUGCAGGAAAGUAUUAGUGUAAGUAAUUGUCCAUAUAGGAAAGUGCCUAUUUAAGAAAGUAUUUAAAAAGUGAAGUACCUCUAACAGACAUCUGAAUAAGAAAGUAUCACCAUUGGAAAGUGGCUACACAGAGAAAUAUAUAUGUGGGAAAGUAUCUACAUAGCAAAGUAUUUAUAAAGGAAAGUACCUAUGAAAGAAAGUGUCUACAUGGGCAACUAUCUACAUAGGAAAGUGUCUACACAGGGAAGUAUCACAGAUAAAGUAUCAACACAGACCCUACCCUACUUUGCCCUAACCCCAGAGAAAGUGUUUACAAGUUAAGGUCCAUCACAGAGGCCAAAGUUCUGCUGGCAGUAUAUAAACAAACCCCUUAUAUGGCGUGCGUGUGCGUGAGUGUGUGCGCGCUUCUAAAAUGAACCUUGAAUAUUUAUGAAUUAUUAUACAUGUUUAAGCAUCAAUUCUGAAGUUCUAUUUUACACACACACACACACACACACACACACACACAGUAGCUCUGACCCCCCCCCCCUUGAUAUGACUAUAAAUGUCCGUCCAGGUAUGACUUAGCACCUAGCAUAAUGUAUAAUAUAAAAGGUCCGUGUCUGAUGGCCAUUUAGUGACGUUAGUUGCCGUGUUGCUGAACUUACUAACUUGCUUCAGUAUAUCUUGUGUGUAUAAAGUUGCUUAAUUGUAUUUAAUAUUAUUAUGAUUAUUAUUAUCAUUAUUAUUAUUAUUAUUAUUAUUAUUAUUAUUAUUAUUAUUAU